AUGACGGCGCCGCUCGGGCUCCCCCCGCGCUGGCCCGACGGCCUCGCCUGCCGCUGCGAGGACGCCCCGCGGGAGAAAAACCGCAUGGAAGGGCUGGGGCACUGCCGGGAGAUGAUGCCCCACGCGGGGCUCGCCGUGCCCACCGCCCCUCCGCCGCCACCGCCGCCUCCCCCGCCGCCGCCGCCUCAGGGAGCCGCGUACGCGGAGCUGGCGGCCGCAGAGCCCCCCAGGCAGUGCCCGUCGGGGGCGGCUUCCAGCGCGGCGCUGGGCUACGGUUACCCCUUCGCGGGGGGCUACUACGGCUGCAGGUUGUCCCACUCGCACGGAGUCAACUUGCAGCAGAAACCCUGCGCGUACCACCCCGGCGAGAAGUACCCCGAGGCCGGCGGGCCCCUGCCCGGCGAGGAGCUGCCGUCGAGGGCCAAGGAAUUCGCCUUUUAUCCCGGUUUUCCCGGCUCCUACCAGGCGGUCCCUGGCUAUUUGGACGUGUCGGUGGUGCCGGGGCUCGGGGCUCACCCGGAACCGAGACACGACGCUUUGCUUCCCAUGGAAGGUUACCAGCACUGGGCUCUUUCUAAUGGCUGGGACGGGCAAGUGUACUGCUCCAAAGAGCAAUCGCAGUCCGCGCACCUCUGGAAAUCACCUUUCCCAGACGUGGUCCCCUUACAACCCGAAGUCAGCAGCUAUAGGAGGGGCCGGAAAAAAAGGGUCCCUUACACCAAAAUCCAGCUGAAGGAGCUGGAAAAGGAGUACGCGGCCAGCAAAUUCAUCACCAAAGAGAAGAGGAGGAGGAUUUCGGCCACCACCAACCUGUCUGAGCGCCAAGUGACUAUCUGGUUCCAGAACCGGAGGGUCAAGGAGAAGAAAGUGGUGAACAAAUCCAAGACAGCGCAUCUCCACGCCACCUGA